CCCUUUUCACACAAUCAACCUGUUUCAGAACCUGUGACCUUUUUAUUCAAACAUUCUACACAGCAUGGGAUUUGUCUGAACAUGGAAAAAAAAGAGAAAAAGUCCAGCAAAAGAUCGAACGAAGAAAAUAUGGACGAAACUACAGCAAAGAAGUCUAACUAUGACUCUUCAGGAGAGAAUACCUAUCAUCUAAAAAUGUUGAUUCCAAGUGUAGCCGCCGGCGGUGUUAUUGGCAAAGGCGGCGAAACAAUCGCCGAAUUGCAGAAAAGUGUUGGUGCCAGAGUUAAAAUGUCGAAACCGAACGAUUUCUAUCCUGGGACUCAAGAACGGGUUUGCUUAAUCACUGGGAAUAUUGACGCUAUCUCCACUAUAGUUCACUUCAUCAACAAUAAGAUCAAAGAGAAACCGGAUCCACACGCCAAGUCUGCCAUAGACUUCGACAAUAAACUGGCAGCAGAACGGGAGAAACAGAUGAAGGUUAUAGUCCCGAAUAGCACUGCGGGUAUGAUCAUCGGUAAGGGCGGAUGCUUUAUUAAACAUCUCAAAGAGAAGUCUGGAGCAUUUAUUCAACUCUCACAGAAAUCUAAGGAGACAACACUACCUGAGCGAGUAAUCACAAUCAUCGGUGAUGAUGAUAACAAUAAGGAGGCGUUGAACUGUAUCCUACAGAAGGUUGUAGAGGAUCCACAGUCAGGGUCUUGUCUUAAUAUUUCUUACAGUGAAAUUCAGGGACCUGUGGCCAACUUCAACCCUACCGGAUCUCCUUACGCUAAUGGAGUACAAAAUUCCAACCAGAUUAUGAACUCUAACAUGAAUCCGAACAUGAACCCUAACAUGAACCCGAACAUGAACCCGAACAUGAAUGAGAAUAUGCAGAACUUUAUGGAGGGAUACCAUCUACCAGUUAUUGGUGGUGGAACCCUGAAUAUGCGACUGAAUUUCAACCCUCAAAUACAAGGAGGAGAUGGUAGAAGUGUAAACCAGUACCUGGGAUUUGUUAAUAAUAGUCUCAAGGAAAAAGGAUAUUAUGACAAGGCCGCUGACGAGUGCACAAAAGCAUUCAGUGUCCUUUGUAUGCACGGUAUAUUACAGAUGAAUAUGCUGACUCCGCAAAUGCUGGGAUAUGAGGGUGGAGGAAUGGGAGGAAAUAUGUCCCUCUCAAAUAUGUUUGAGGGACAGAAUAAUCAUUCAAAUGGUGGUUGUGGUAUUACAGACUCUAUUAGGGCCAACAUGGGGUUACCCCCGCCACCGCCGACCCCUCCAAGCCAAGGACCCUUUGGACCCGCCGGUCUAGUGACCGCCAAUGAAAGUAACGGCGGGUUUAAGCGCCCGUCCUAUUCAAACUAUUCGAACCAGUCUAUGCCGGUCAAUAAUAACUCUUUUGGACUAGGUACACAAGGGAACCCAAUGCAUUCGAAUAUUGGUGACGAUCAUUCGUCGAAACUUGAGAUCGAGGUAAACGAGUCCUUGGUAGGAGCGAUCAUUGGUCCUGGUGGUCGAUCCAUCGUAGAGAUCCAACAGUAUUCAGGAACCACUGUACAGAUCUCCAAGAAAGGAAACUAUUCCCCUGGAACCAGGAAUAGAAUUGUUACAAUCUCAGGUCCCAAGAACUGUUUGUCCACAGCUCAAUAUCUGAUAGAGCAGAAGGUGAAGGAGGAGGAAGCUAAAAGACAGACACAUAAUCAGAAUAUUGGAUUCUAAGAUGGGAUUCUAAAUCAGAAUAUGAAAUUCUAUAUCAGAAUAUGGGAUUCCAAAUCUGAAUAUGGGAUUCUCAUGAAAACAAAACCAUUUUGGCGGAUUCGACUUUUUACCUCCUUUUUUUCCCAAAUUGUAUGGUAAACCAUGUACAAUGUAUUAUAAUAAUUUUGUUAAAUUCUUAAAGGAGUCAUGAAUCACUAUCAUUGACUCCUUGUAUAAUGUAUAGUCGAAAUUGUUCUUAACAUCUUGAUUAUUUUGUUCGUUGCCUAAAUGUCCAGUACCGUCUUUUUCAUAUUUCUUAACAUAAUCGAACACAUCAUAAACACAACGUCCUUAAGGUACCCUUGACUCCUUGAUCCCUUUAUAUUGAUGUUUUCCUGAAAAUUUUAUUAUUUCGCUGUGAAUUAUUAAUUUUUAUUUACUUAAAGUGACAUGAGCGUACAUUUUUCUUAAAUUAAAGAUACAAGGGUUUUUGGGAGGCAAAAUCACCAGAAGGCCUAGUAUAAGGUUACUUUCAAAUUUGCCAGUGUAUGGUGGUUUGAAUUUUUAAAACAAAAACACAAUGUAAAUAAAAAUUAUUCCACUGUGUUCAUUUAAUCCCAGUUCAAUAAUUCUCUACCAUAUAAAAAUAUUGUAUUUCUUGUGUUUUAAUUAUCAAUCUUAUAGAUUGUAUUAUUGUAUUAUUCCGGGCUAAAUGGUCCGCUUAAAACCGGUUUUUAGGUUUAAUUUACUACAACGACAUAAAAACAACUAUUUGAGAAAGCCCAUUCAUAAAACAAAACAAAUCAACUUGGGUAUUACAAAUUAAAAAAGUUCCAAGUAUUUAAAUGAAUGCUAUUCUUUUUUUAAAAUACAGUUUCUACAGAAUUCGUAAUUUUCCUUCAUAAUUUUUGCAGUAAUUUGUAUUGUUAAAUUUUGCAUGAUGAAUUAUUGUAAAUUAUCGUAAAUAUUUACAGGUAUUGUAAAUAUUCCAACGGAAUCCUAUUGACCUGAUAAACGAAAAACGCAUUUCAAAUACUUUAUUCCACAUAGAGGAAUAUUCCAUAGACUGAGCAGGAAACGGAAUUGUUAAAUGUUUUUUUUUUAAUACGGGGGGCGGGCCCAAAAUGUUUGACCUUCAGAAAUAUUUAAAAUAUUGUUAUUGCUUGAUCACUAAAAUUUGGUAAAUGGAAAGAUGAAAAACUUGAGUGCAAUUUGUGUUAUAAGUAAAAAAACAUCUUAUACCGCCAUUUUAUUAGUUUUGAUGAUAAUUGAAAAUGUUUUUUAAAAUAAAAUUCCGAAUUUCCUGUUGCCUGCUCAGUUUCCUGCGUUGGUGGCGGAAGUAACUGUUCGUGUCCAUGUUAAUUUAAAUGUAAACUUCUCUCUCUCGUUUCAUCAGAUUCAAUUGUUGAAUUGAUGCUACUUAUCAUUAAACUUUGUUCCAGAAA